CCCGCGCGGUGCGGGCAACGGGGAGACAGAGGUCAACGAGGCGAUGCCCCUGCCCUUGGGGAGCCCGGGGGCAGGGGUCCCGGGCGGUGCAGCAGCGACCACCACGAGCGCGGCCGUGUUCCCCCGGCUCGUGCGGUGAGCGUUUCCACGUACGGACGCACACAUGCUUCUCAUUUCUUAUUAAUUUUAGAAACUGUUGUGAAUGACUAGCAGAAAUAGCCCGGGACCAGCGGGCAAAGACCUGGGUUCUAGGCGUGGCUUUGGCACUGCCCCGGGGCGGGGUGGGGCGGGGGCUGGCCUCAGUUUUCCGGUCUGUCAAAUGGCCUCUCUUUGUAUCCCUGUUGUCAGGAUCCGAAGAGACCUGUUCGCGAAGAGGCGCUGUGCAGGACAGACAGCUCAGGGGCGAGAGGCAGGGCCGUUGGAGGCUAAGGAAAUGGGUGGAGCCCAACGCCGGCCUCGGGCUUGUGCGAGGGGUCCCUGGCUGAGCAACUGUGCACCAGGCAGCUGCGGGCCCGGCCGGGCAGUGGGACCGGUGCCAGGCCUCUGUGCCUGCUGAUGUCCCCCCGCUGUGUGUGGGGACGAGGAAGUUAACCUGUUAUGUUUCCCACAGCAGUUGGUGCUAAGGAAAUUGCAUCAGUCUGUAGCUGCAACCCCCCUCCAGACCUUCAGGCUGCGGAUAAGUGUCUGCCCACAGGGCGGGGACUUCCUUCUCCCCUUCUGUGUCUCUGUCUCUGCCUCUGCCCCUCUCCUGGGGCCACCACUUGCCGACAGCCUCACACAUCCAUACUGAGCACUCCGCAGGCACCGGCAUCGACUGCCCUUGGUCUGACCCAGUCUUGGGGUGCAACUCCUGCAAGCAGCAGCUCUGGGCAGCGAAUGUCACGAGUCUGUGAAUACAGUGCACGGGGGACCCUGCGUUCCUACAAUGGCAUUAUGCGCAGUUCAGCAAACAUUUAUUGAGUCCAUAGGCUGCGUGCGACUCUGUUCCAAGAAUUGGGGAUAUGGCUAUAGACAAGCCAGGAAAGGUGGGGGACACGAGUGUUGAGACAGACAUCAUUCCUGGACAAUCGUAGGGGUUGCUGCCCUCAUCCUGCUCCUGGUAGCCCUGCUGGCUCGUGUCCUCGUCAAAAGAAAACCACCCCGGGACCCGCUGUUCUAUGUUACAGAUUAAGAAGCUGAGAAACAAGGUCACGGUCGCAUCCUGAGACCGGCAUUGACCCCAAAGCCCGUGACCUUUGUGGCCCGAGCCGUUACCGCCUUCAAGCGCUUCCCCUGCCGGGAACUUUGCUGGGCGUUUACUCAUUCAGCGUCUGCUGUAGCCAGGCUGCGUGUCAGACACCCCCCAGGCCCCAGCUCCCUGUAGCAGCGGCACGCGCUUUCCAUACUCCCCCUGCUUCGCUGAGAUGCAACUGACAGGUGACCUUGUGCGACUGUGAGACGGAGGCUCGUAUGACGCGAUGCGCGCAUACGCUGGGAGAUGGUGACCACGACCAGGUCGCUUGCCUUCAGUAAGGUCCUUCUCCUCCCGUAAUCACCCGUCUCUGGUGCGCGGUGGGAACGUGAAGCAUGCGGCGCGGUGUCGUCGACCACGGUCACCACGUGGCAAAUCGGAUACCGCAACUCACUCGUCUUACACCCGGAAGUUUGUUUGGCCGGCAUCUCCCCGUUUCCCCCACUCACCAGCCCCUGGCAACCACCGUUCCAAGCUCUGUUUCUGAGAACUCAGCUUUCCUAGAUUCCGCAUUGUAUGCAGUGUUCGGAUUUACCAGUGUGGUGAACCUCAUCAUAGCACUGGAACAGGACGGAAUCAUUGACGGGUUUGUGACACACUACUUGAGAGAGGGUGAACCGUAUCUGAACACGGCGUACGGGCACAUGAUCUGCUACUGGGAUGGCUCUGCUCAUUAUUUGAUGUAUCUGGUGAUGGUGGCAGCCAUAGCAUGGGAGGAAAGCUAUAGAACCAUUGGCCUCUACUGGGUUGGAUCUAUUAUCAUGAGCAUUGUUGUUUUUGUGCCAGGAAACAUUGUGGGGAAGUAUGGAACACGCAUUUGCCCUGCUUUCUUCUUAAGCAUACCAUACACUUGUCUUCCUGUCUGGGCUGGUUUCAGAAUCUAUAAUCAGCCGUCAGAAAAUUAUAAUUAUCCCUCAAAGGUCGUUCAAGAAGUGCAAGCAAAGGACCUGCUGAGAAGACCAUUUGAUUUAAUGCUGGUCGUGUGUCUCCUCCUGGCAACUGGAUUCUGUCUGUUCAGAGGCUUGAUUGCUUUGGAUUGCCCGGCUGAGCUCUGCCGAUUUUAUACACAAUUUCAAGAGCCCUAUCUAAAGGAUCCUGCUGCUUAUCCUAAAAUCCAGAUGCUGGCAUACCUGUUCUAUUCUGUCCCGUACUUUGUGGUUGCGCUUUACGGCUUAGUGGUUCCGGGAUGCUCCUGGAUGCCUGACGUGACACUGAUACAUGCUGGAGGUCUAGCCCAGAUGCUGACCUUGCUUCCUAAGAAAACGGACGCGGUCAGGUCCUACAAGCAGCUCAAACUAAAGAAAAGGCUACAAAGAGGAGAGGCACACUGGAGUUCAGAGAGCAAGAGACCAGGCCUGAUACCCCAUGUCUGGAAGAGAUCUGCGGGCCUCCUUCACUCACAUGUGGCAGCAGCCUGGGGGUCACCCCACAAGUUCGUCUCUGAACUGAACGAACCAUGUGUCAGAGCAGACACUCUGUGUACUGGGGAAAGAUGAACUUUGAGUCUAGAACUCGUAAAGUCCUGCUUCUGAUUUUAAACUGUGCUAUCGAAGGCAUCAUUUCCUCUCCUGGGGCCUUGACUUUCACAUCUGUAAAAUGGGAUGGUUGCACUUGGUGACCUCUGGGUCUCCUUCAAUCUUGAAAUCCCAUGGCUUGUCUAAAACUGAACUAAUUUCCCUUGAAUCUAGUUUUGUUUUCUAACUUAAUUAUUGGCAUAGUCUGUUACCAGGAAAGAAACCUUAAUCUUUUUAUUAUUUCCUCAAGCCCCAUAUUCAGUUUUUUACCAAAUACUCCCAAUUCAGCUCCAGGAAUGUCUCUCAAAUUGAUCACUAUUCCCAUUAGUAAGUGUUGUUCCCUAAACAAGUUCUCAUGAUCUUUUAACAAGGCCAUUACAGGUCUUUCAAAGUACCUCCUGGUCUCCAGGCUUUCCUGUUACAUUCAAUACGACCCUCCAAAGACAAUUUAAAAUGAAUAAUUUCAUUUGAAUAAAUUCACUAAACGUUCAA